UGAAAGGAGCUCAAAGUUCCUCAGGCAGGACUCAGCCACAUAAAGCCUCCCACGGUCCUCCCCUCCUCUUCAUGCGCUCCGGGCUGGAGGUGGAGCCAGGAUCUGCGGUGACCUACUGGGCUCCCGGUCAUUCAUUCAGUCAGACAAGGUGUAAUAAUCAGAGGAAAUAAACUAUCAUGGUCCUUGGAGACUUGAAUGAUCCCCUUCGGAGGCUCUGAGGAGAAACGGUCAUGGCGAGGUCAAAGGCGAAGCUGUACACUUGUUGCGCGCUGCUGCUGAUCUGCUUCGUCUCUAUAAUUGUGUGUAUUGCUGUAUUUACGAGGCGCAAGUGUCCAGGUGGCACUUUCUCACACGCUGCAGUGGCCACAGACUCUAAGAAAUGUUCAGAGAUUGGACGAGACAUCCUUCAGAGAGGAGGCUCGGCGGUAGAUGGCGCCAUUGCUGCGCUCCUGUGCACGUCCGUCAUGAACCCGCAGAGCAUGGGCAUCGGUGGGGGGUCCAUAUUCACGGUGAUGGACGGCUCUGGUAAAGUGAAAAUCAUCAACUCCAGAGAGACUGCACCCGCAAAGAUAAAGCCUGACCUGCUCGAGUCAUGUCCCAAGACCUUCCAGCUGAUGUCAGGUAGUCAGUGGAUUGGGGUCCCAGGGGAAAUUCGGGGUUAUGAAGAGGCACACAGGCUUUAUGGGAAGCUGCCAUGGGCCUCCCUCUUCCAGCCGACCAUCAAACUAGCCAGAGAGGGGUUUCCUGUUCCUCCGGUCCAAGGUCGAUACAUCCCACACACUGAUACAAAUGAGACGCAGCAACUACGGAAAUUAUUUUCAGAUGAUAGCGGGAACUUGCUCAAGGUCGGGGAUAUAGUGAAAUUUGAAAAACUGGCCGACACUCUGGAGUUUAUUGCCAAUCACGGUGCAGACGGCUUUUACUCUGGAAGAAUAGCUGAGGAUUUAAUCCGUGACAUACAGGACGCAGGAGGAUCGCUCACGCUGCAGGAUUUGGCGUCGUACAGAGUUACAGUGACUGAUGCGUGGGCUGUUCCUUUGGGAGAGUACCAGAUGUACAUACCCCCACCCCCUGCAGGAGGAAUCAUCCUCAGCCUCGUCCUCAACAUCAUGAAAGGAUAUGACCUGAAUCUAACAUCUCUGACUGGUGAACAGAAGGCGCUGACUUACCACCGCUAUGUUGAAGCUUUUAAAUUUGCCAAUGGAUUAAAGAAACACAUCCGGGAUCCAAAGUUCAGCUCAGAAGAAAUGGCAAAGAAAUUCACAAAGGAUAGCUUUGCAAACCACAUACGGAGCUUAAUUAGCAACGACAAGACUCACGAUCCCCAAUAUUACAACAUCACGCCGUACCUGGACACGCUGGGCACAUCUCAUUUAUCUGUGCUGGCUGAAGACGGAUCCGCUGUGUCUGUCACCAGCACCAUCAACCACAUAUUUGGCUCCAAGGUGUUCUCACCGAGCACUGGAGUCAUCCUCAAUAACGAGCUGUACGACUUCUGUGGGAAAGCUGCUGUCAUCCUUCCUGGGGAGCAGCCUCCUUCCUCCAUGUCUCCCGCUGUGCUGAAGUCUCAGCUGAAGACGCUGGUGAUUGGAUCGACUGGUGGGGGUAUGAUCACGACUGGGAUGGCCUCAACACUCAUGAACCACCUUUGGUUUGGAAAGAGCCUUAAGGAGGCAAUUGCUGCUCCGGUUGUUUAUGUCGACUCUGAAAGUGCAGUUUACUUUGAACCCGGCUUUGACAAGGAUGUAAUAGAGGCUCUUAAAGCUCUGGGACACAAUCACCAAACAGGAAAGAAAUUCUACAACGUGGUUAAUGCUGUGGAGAAGGAGGACGGCUGUAUCUGUGCAGUGUCUGAUACCAGGAAAAUGGGGGAAGCUGCCGGUUACUGAGAGCAAGAGUCAGCUGUGAUUUUUAUACAGGAUCCUCCUGAAGGUUACAGAGACCUUUCUGCAACCACAAAAUCUGCAGCAGAUGGUCUCUGUCCUGCUGGAAAAUCAUUGGAAACAUCCUGAAUAACAAGCUUCUUUCUCUUUUUCUUUCUUUUCUUUUCUUUUUAUUUGUUUCGGAGGGACACUGCACAUUAAUAAACAUUUUAUAUACAUAAAAAAAAUAAAUAAAUAAAUGCACCCGAAUUAGCCAAAAGGCUAAUUUGCAUCAGCUGUCCCCCCCUGCCAGAACUAAACUGAACACCUGCGGUAACAUGAAGCAGUCGAACACGUGGUUUCUGAGUAGAACUGGCCGUAACAACGACAUGAUGGAUUUUGUUGUGCAAGAAGAAACAACAACCUUUAUUUGUGACUGUCGCUAACUUUGUCUGAUUCCUCUAUUCAGCGUGCAGACAUUUUUUUUUUUUAAAUCUCUAAUGUCAUUUCUGCCUCUUUUUCCACUUCUGACGUACAGGGGGUCCUCUGCUUAUGUCGGAGUUCUGUUCCUACGGCUCAACCUAAAUCGAUUCUUGCCGUAAGUCGGAACGCCAGUGAAAAUGUAAACAAAGCCGCCCUAUGCAUCACGAUAUUGAUCAGUUCUUCAGAAAAGUCAUGAAUACCAACGACUUCCAUGCAUGUAUGAGUCAUUUUACAAGAAGAUAACAGAAUAUGUUGCACUGUUUUUACAACUUGAUCUACUUGAUUACGCUUGGGAGCAUGAAGGGCAAAAAGUUCGUGAAUGUAGCACAAUCCAAAGUGGCAUACAACCGGCGAAUGUAAACAAAGCCGUCUUAUAGCGCCGCACGACGACGUAUUCGUCUGCUCUGCUCACCUACUAGUUCUACAUAACCAGUUUUGACAAAACGACGAAAUGGCGUAGCUUGAGGACGUCGUAAAACCGAGGACCCCCUGUAUUUCCGUUGUGAAACUGGUAACAGAACUAGUCAACUCUUACCCAUUCCAUCACAUAAGUAACCUUCAUAGUACAUUCAUGUUAAUAUCUGAGACACAAAAACUUCUCAUAGCAGGCCAUUUUCAGCAGUUAGUAACUGGUUUGUAUCUAGUAUUAUCUUGUAUUCACACACUACAGGUGUUCUUUCACCUUUUACCACAUACAGUGAAUGAAACAUAGAUGUUAUUUUUACUAUUCAUAUGCAAUAUAUUCCUUUUUUACACGCUUCAUGUACAAUAUUGAAAUAUUGUUACAUUUGAAGACAUCCCUAAAUAUGCUUUUCAGGAUGCAGUUUUUGCAGGAAAAAUGCUAAAUGUCUGUACUUAGAAGGGCAAUUAUCACAAACUGCAUUAAACAAUUUUGGUUUUUGAAAUUUAA